AUGCCUGAAUGUACUAAUAAUCAAAUAAAUGAACUUGAGGCUCUAAUUGGUUCCAAAAAAAUAAUAUAUGGCUGGGUGAAUCACAGAAAAACCAUAGACAAAAAGAAAUACAUGAUUGAUACCAAAUUUUUAAUGAAAGACAAGAUGUUAAAAAAAGUGCGCAUGAUGUUUAAAGAAGCCUUAGAUUUUGAUGCUUCAUCAUUCAGCACUAAUGAACUUGAACUGGGAGGAUCACUUCAAUUGACUGAAGGCAUUGAACUUGAUGAGUCUCAACUUUUGGCAGAUUUUGUUAAAGAUAAAACUUGUCGUCACAUUAAACUAGAAGGUUAG